CAAUUUAUUAUCUCUUUUAAAAGAGCUGACGUCAUAGAAAAUAGAAUUCUUCCUCCCUCGUUCCCAAGAAUGAAGCGGGAGCAACCAUCCAAGAAAGAACAUUGAAACCUCCUGGACGUUCGCGCUGCUGUCGUCGACCAUGCAUUUACCGUAUCGCCGUCACAAACUCAACGCCUCGACUACAGCAGCAGAACAACCACAGCAGCAGCAACAACAGAGCCGCACACCGCAACCAUCCAUAACCAUGUUUAGUUGGAGCACACCAGCAGGGAGAGGGACGCCAAAUGCAGGGUAUCCAGGUGCAAGGAAUGCGUCUCCCGUCCGGGCAACGGCUAUCAACGGCACCAUUCGAGCACCGGAAUUCACUCGGGCCCAGCAUAUUGAGUCUUACUUGAACGAUGGCACAUUGAAACGAUCCACUCGACAAGUAUCGCAAGAUGACUCUACCUAUGAUACCGUAUUCCAGACCACUAGAGGCGAUACACUGAUUGUCCGCGUUCACUUGCCACCUCCCAGUGGUGGUCAAAGUCGAGCACCCGCCAUGACAUUGGCUGGAGUCCGAGGCAGACAUUCCUGGUUGGACUCGAAAAUGCGCAUUACGGGCUAUGCCCCCAUUCAAUCGGACGAUGCCUGGAGGUCGUCUCGCAUUUUGCUGGGAGCCGCCGUGCACGAGGUGGUAAAACACAUGCAGUUGGAACCACCCGAAAUUGUGGAAAUCACAGAUGCCGGAUUGCGGUCGAUUCAGGCCAAUCGGAAAAAUAAUGGUAGUAGUACUCGUUCGUCGACGGCAUCCUCAGCAGCGGUUGGUCGAAGUGCUCAUUCCUCGGCAUCACAGCAGCAGAGCGCUUCCAGUGAUGCUCCACCGGAGUAUUCUUCCGUGCUAUUGGACAUGCCAGAGAUUCCACGACAAAUUCCCGAAUUGGAUGCAUUGACACGAGAAGAGCUAGAUCAAUUGUUGGAGGAUGAAUUAGAGUUUACUUCCUUUAUCAACGGUUUGCCCAUCUUUGAUAAGAUUCAAUCUACAGCCAAUGAUGUCCUCGAUGAAAAUUCCAAAAAAGCAACGGCCAAUUUGGAAAAGGAAGAAAAGGUCAAGACGUUACACAAGGAGGUGACGGAACUCAAGACCAAACUAGAAGGAAAACUGGAACAUUUUGCAACACUCGAACAAAAACAAGAUGCCCUGUGUGCUCCUCCCGACAAGAAAGAUAUUCUGCGGCAGUUGGCCAAAGCAAAAAAGGAAUCAUUUCACGUAUCGGAACAACUCGCUGAAGGUUGGGUCGAAGACGGUGCCAAUGUUGACGGGUUUGUGCGAGAAUUCGUGGAGAAGAGAAACAUUCAUCAUAUUCGUGCCGCCAAAAUGGAGCGGCUACAAUUCGCUUCGGCAAAGAAUGUAUAGUACAGUAGUAAUAGGCAGGGCAUUUGUAUAGCUACAACAUUAGAUCGUCGCGUUUCUGUAGAAAUGGCUGCGGGUGGGAAACUUGCGGG